ACUUUGUUAGUCAAAGUUAUGAUAGCUAAAGGUUUGAUCAGCUUCUCCAUUGCAAUGCUUAUGAAGAUCAUUUAUACACGCACAAUGGGAGAUGAACAUCAUCAUCAUCAUCAUCAUCAUCAUCAUUAUUAAGGAAAUUACAGAUUUAUGAAAUAAGAGACCCAGUGGUUUUCCGAGUAGUUAUUCUUCUUCAGUUAAAUCAAGAUGCUAAUAAGUACAUCAUCGAGACGACCAUGGAGGAUGAAGUGGCGACAUGGCAGAGCUGCACUUCCUGCAGAAAUGGAAGAUGGAGGCAUUAAUGUCAGUGUGAAAAAGCAGAUCGGAUGCCUGAGGAAGACCAUAGGGCAGCUGGAGUCGGUCCACAGGAGGACCACUGCUUGCAGUCUAUCUGGCGGGGUGAUUGGUGCCGUCGGCGGUGUCACUUCCAUUGUUGGUCUCAUCAUGGCUCCCUUCACCUUUGGAGCUUCCCUGGCAGUGACCGGUGUUGGCGUGGUAGUCGCAGCUGCCGGCGGAAUCACUGGUGUUGCUUCCAACAUCACCAAGAUGACCCGCGAGAAGAGUUGUCAGGAGAAGAUCAAAGAGAUCUUGAAUGAUUGCAACAGCAGGCUCAGCCCUGUUAUGAGCAAUUUGCAGAACUGUACUGGCAGUGUACAAGAUUGUCAGGCUUCAAUUGGCGCAGGUAAACCAAUAUCAGGUUUGACCCAGAGAUUAAAGCUGACCCCAAUGGGUAAACAGGCAACUGAGGCCACACGACCAAUCAGUGCUAGUGACAAAACAACACCUAAGGCGAACAUGUGGUCCAUGAUCCUUGAUUUGGUCAGCAUUGCCAGUGAUGUCAGAGAGAUGCAAGAGAUCAGAAAGAGGGACAAGGGUCGAAGACGAUCUGAGUCUGAAACGCUGAUGUUCAUAAACCAGAUAGAGGAAAAAGUCAGAGAGUUAGAAAUGACCGUUUUUGAGUUAGACAGACAGGAAGGGAUUAUCCUCUCUUAGAUGUGUGAGGAUGUGUUGUCAUAAUCAAGACAGAGAAUUUUCUUGUGCUUGUUUAGGGAAAAACAACCGGGAAAGCGUGUCAAGAACAUGCCAAUCAAACAGGGUAUAUUUGACCAAUCAGAGACCUGAAAAUAUUUAGAAUAAUGGGGAGAAUGCAAUAAACCCCAAACUCCCUACUGUUUUCCCUGUCUAUAAGAAAACCCUGACAAUUGAGUUUUUGAACAUCUUUGUUUUUAAGAAUAACAGUUUUCAGUGACCUAAAAACAGACUUUACAUUACUGGCAGUGUACAUUAUCAACCUUCAGUCUCUGCAGGCAAACUAAUAUCAGGUUUGAUCAAGAUAAUAAGAGAAGUACAGACUUUGUGUGUGGCUGAAAGACCAACACGGAUAGACACAUUUCUGUAUUCAAAAAUACCUGGGUUACGGUGGCUAUGCCCUUAAUUUUGACGUUUUGAAGUUUUACAUUUACUCAUUUAGGAGAUGCUUUUCAUCCAAAGAAACUUGCAUAAUAUCAAUCCCCACCAUGCUUUGCUCAAGGGCACAACGGUGGAAGGUGGGAAUUCAGCCUGCAACUUUUCAGGCUAUAGCAUGCUAGCUCAACUCUUUAGCCAGUACACUACCACCAGCACAUGUUUUACUGAGAAGGUUGUUCAUUAUUAAAUAUCCAGUUUGUGUAGUCUGUACAUGAAUGUAUAUUUCUUAGUUUAGAUGUAAACACAUUUGCUUAUCGCAAAUAGUUUACUAUAACAAAUCAAAUCAAUCACAGACUAUUGUUAAUGGCAUAGUUUUGAUAUGGGUGGUUGGGGAUUUUCUUUAGUAAGUUUAUUAGUAAUUUUACUGUGUACAAUAAUGUCAAACAUUGAUCAUUGUGAUUGUGAUGAUUGUACUAUGGGAUAGGAACAUAUGGUGAAAAAGUAAUCGGGGCAAAGAGAUUAAAACAAUUGAUUUAAAAUGUAGCAAAUUUGCAACAGGUGUAUUAUGGCAAACAUUAUGGUGUAUACAU